AUGGGUUUGACCCUUGGUUGGGGAACUAAGAUCCUGCAUGCUGAGUGGCAAAAAAAAAAAAAAAAAAAUCACUAUACAAAUAUCCUCAAUGUGUUCAAUGUGCUUCUCAGCUCCAAAUUAAACCUAAAAAAAAAAAAAAAAAAAAAGUACCCUGAUACCCAAUCUCUGAUAAAAAAUACUCAUAAAAUUCCAGAAAUUUCCCAAAAGCAGAACUUGAAUUUGCCCUCUGUACCAGCAGCUAUUUACAUAGCGUCUACAUCUAGAGAUGAUUUCAAGUCUAUAGGAAUGUUGCUGCUGCUGCUGCUAAGUCACUUCAGUCGUGUCUGA